UACUACCAUAAUGACUUUUCCUUUUCGGUUCUUUUAUCUUUUGAAGUGUCAAGCAAUUCCAUUGGAAUUUAUUUCGAUAAUUAGUAUGAAUAAUAUCUUCCUCUUCUAACGCUAAUUAAACUAAUAUUCUCCCGGAACUUGGAAGAAUGUCAGAGUGUCUACCUGCGGCCGUGGUGGUGAGAAUACUGUCAAGGCUGCCUCCAAAAUCUCUGAUCCGAUUCAAGUGCGUCUCAAAAUUCUGGCAUGCUCUCAUAGGAAACCCUGAUUUCCUCUCAAUAAACCUCCUCAACCACUCCAUUCUCCCCCAAAACGCCGGUGACGGUGAUCCUCUCCGUCUUAUCCUCUUCCACGCCAGAGACAAAUCCCACUGGGAAACGCUAAUACACUCUUUCCGCUCUUACGACUCCCUCCAGUACUGCGCGUCUCAAGCCCCUCUGACUCUCCCACCACCGCCAGGACCAAGCUAUACCAUCGUCGCUUUGUGCAAUGGCUUGGUCUGUGUCAGGGACUAUAGACGAAGCGACAUCUAUCUCUGGAAUCCCGCCACGUCAUCAGAACCUAAGGCUCUCCUCAAGGCCGGCUCUUCUCCCUUUCUCCUCGGAUACGCACGCACUAUGGAGCUUGUGGGGUUCGGUUUUGACUCGGGAUCCAACGACUUCAAGGUGGUUAGACUUGUAGACCAAAACCAAUACGGAUUCUAUGAAGCAGAAAUAUACAGCCUAAGACGUGGUUCUUGGAGGCUGCUUGAUGUGAGCGUGCCCUUUGAGAUAGUUUUCAUUUCCCACUCCGCAGCAUUGGAUGGGUUUUUUUUAUGGUAUGAUGACGACGUAUGUGAUAGACAUAAACAUGUGAGCGAGACAAUACUUGCUUUUGACUUCAGCAACGAGGAGAUCCGAACGAUGCUGUUUCCGGAUGCUCGCUUUUUAUGUGACUACGGUGAAUACACGCGGACGGUCACGGAGUUGUGUAACACCCCGGGGCGUUACAAGUUGAAUGGAUCUAUUGCUAUGUUGGCUUUUCCUAAGGAGAAGAAAGAGAUGUAUUUGGAUAUAUGGGUUAUGCUUGAAUUUGGGGUUAGAGAGUCGUGGACUAGACAUCUUAGCAUUGGACUCCCAUUGCAUUUGGAAAGGCCAUUGCGGUUUUGGAAGAAGGGGGAGUUGUUCAUGGAGAAUAGUGAGGGGCAGCUGGUCUUGUAUGAUCUUUUUACACAAACAGAGACGAAUCUUCAGUUUGAAGGGUAUGAGGGAACGUUAACAGUUGUAGACUAUGAGCUGAGUUCGGUUUUGAUCAAUGGAGAGAAGGAUAAUCCGUGAGGGACUAUGGAUUGAUGAGUUGGUGUGGAAUGGG